AUGAAGACGAAAUCCACCCCCGAGUACGCCGAGGUCACGGCCGACUUCAAACCCCUCCCAAAACACGGCCACCUCUCAGAAAAGAUCCCAGAGUAUGCAGCCGCUGAGGAUCAGAUCAGGGCUGGCUACGAGCCCAUUUGGGGUGCCCCCGACUUUCCUUCCAUGCGGGCCAUUGCCGGCAAUGCUGAUGCUCCCAUGCCCCCUGGUGGCCCGGAUCGCUACCAUGAGGUAGUGACGGAGUUGAUUCAGUUUCCUGUUCGUGAUGGGACUUUGAUUGAGCUCAAGGUUUACAAGUCGCCGAGUGUUGUGGAGGAUGCUACUUUGAUGUAUCGCAUGCACGGCGGUGGCAUGGUUGUUGGAAGCCACGAAGUUGAUGGUGCCGAGAAUGUCUAUGCUGCUACCAACACCAACAUUGUUGUUGUCAGCGUGGAUUACCGCCUGGCUCCGGAAUACCCAUUUCCAAUCCCAUUCCAAGAUAGCUACGAUGGUCUCCUCUGGUGCAAGGAGAAUGCAAAGACCCUCGGUGUCAACCCUGAAAAUAUUAUCCUGAGCGGAAGCAGCGCAGGAGGCAGUCUUGCCGCAACUGUUGCCGUUCAGGCUAGAGACGAUGGGCUGACUGGCAUUGUUGCUCAAGUCCUCCACUUUCCUUUGACUUGCCACCCCAAGUUCUUCCCCAGGGAAAAGUACGAAUUUGGAAGUUAUAUCCAAAACUCAGAAAACCCUGUUCUCAGCUCUGUUAUUUACGAGCUGACUCUCGACGCGCACACUCCUAAUGUUGAGCAUGACUGGAGGCAUUCACCUCUUCUCGCAAAGUCGCAUGAGGGCCUCCCUCCAGCACUUAUUCAAUGUGCGGGUGGUGACAUUCUUCGCGAUGACGCGUUUGCCUACGCUGAAGCCCUGGAGGUCGAUGGUGUUGAUGUUGAGCUACAUGCAUACGCUGGCUUACCUCACUGCUUCCCUGUUAUCCUUACUCAGAUUCCCCAAGUUGCUACUUUUUAUGAAAGAUAUACCAAGUUUCUAGAGAAGUAUGCCAAGUGA